AUGGCAUACCCAUUGUUAAGUAAGCUAGAUGACAUUAAAGAUGAAGUAUGGUUAUUUGAGAAAAUUAAUAAGCCCUUCUUAUCAAUAGGCUUUAAGACAAUAAUACUUAAUGAAAUUGGAGACUUCCAGAAAUGGAUAUUGCAAUUGGAAUGGAUCAUAAAGAGUACAGAUCAUCUUUGGUAUCAAUUCUAUCAAGCAGGCCCAUUCAAUUUUGCAGGUAUUAGUGACCCACAUAAACAAUAUAUUGUAAGUGUAUUUGAUGGGGCUUUGAAAAAAUUGAUAAGCAAUACUGUCAGCGAACGUGUGAAUAUUGACUAUGAGGACUUUCUUCAGAGCCAUCUAUCAAACUGUAAAAUAACCUCAUUUGAUCUGUUAGAGAUACUCAAAAUCGAAUAUGACUGGGUUAAUGCCGAAAAAUAUUUCAGAGAAAACUUUGAAUGGUUGCAAAAUAUGGACAAUUUCAACACUACUCAAAAAAUGCUAAGAUGUCAGAGACUUGUUCACAUUAUCACUGAACCACUAGUUGACAAAAUACAGAUGACUAAAGAAACUAAAAACGAAAUAGAUGACUUUAAACAACAAAUUGCAGCUAACUUAAUGAUCGCAUUAAGUCCCAAUCACACUCAAGAAAUUUUACGACAUUAUAGGAUUGGUAAACGCCUAGAUCUAUAUGAUAUUACGAAUACUAUUGCCUAUCUUGAAGACAAGUCAAUUUAA